AUGGAUUACGGCAGCGAUUCAGACGGGGAAAUUCCAGACUACGACAUCGACGACGAAAUUGACGAACCAUUUCCGUGGGAUUUAGAAUCCGAUCAAGAAGACAACAAUGAAGAAGAAGAAGAAGAAGCAGAACGGAUUUACCUCAACAAGGCGCAAGAUAUGGAGUGGACAUCGAAGUUCCACGAGACAGGCUGGGACAAGAACCGCCAAAAGUUCUCGGAAUCUGAGGGCAGCUUCAAUGUCGAUCCCAUGAAGAUUCGCACUCCCAAGGACGCAUUCGUUGAGUUUGUGGACGCAGAAAUGCUUGAAUCUAUCACAAAAUACACGAAUGCUGAGGCUGUUGCGGCUGGUGACUCCAAGUUCAAACCCGUAUCCAGCGAUGAGUUCUUGGCCUGGAUGUCCUGCUCUGUGGCGGCAGGUUUGAUGGGAGCCAACCACACGGGUGCACGAGCGUUAUGGACAACCGACACUGUGUAUGGAUCAGGAUUUUUCCGGUCGGUGAUGAGUUUGGAGCGCUAUCAGGCAAUAUGCAAAUAUGUACGAUUUGACGACUCGGUCGCCCGGAGGACUCCGCGACAAUAUGGCGAUCAGGCAAAGCCCACAUACACGAAAUCCGCAGACCGUCUUGCGCCGAUCCGGCCGAUUCUGGAACUUUUCCGAAAGAACUUUCGGGACAAAUAUUCACCCGGUGAAAAUGUUGCAGUGGAUGAACGAAUUGUUAGUUUUAGAGGAAGAGUAGAGUUUCGCGUCUACAGUAAGGGAAAGCCUGAUCCGUACGGCAUAAAAGUGUUCGGAUUAUCCGAUGCGGACAGUGCGUAUUUUUCGACAUUUGAUGUUUACACCGGCAAGGUUGGAAAUACCGCCGAAGUUGGCCAAGGUAAACGCGUAGUGCUGCAGCUGACGGAGCCUUAUAUCGGUUCAGGUCGUCGCGUGGUGUUUGAUAAUUUCUUCACAUCGAUCCCACUGUGCGAGGAGCUGGUGGAGAGGAAUUUACCCUGUAUUGGUACGCUCCGCAAAAAUAAGCGGGAAAUACCGGUGGUCGUCCAGGAUGCAUUGAAGGACACGGCUCGUGAGGUUGGAUCUCGACUCCAUGUGUACCAUAGUGAACUUAUGAUGACGUCAUACAUAUCUAAAAAGAACAAGCACGUGAUCAUGCUGUCGACGGACCCCACAGUGAUUCCAUCCGAGUCGAUAGCGGAAGUUGGAACCGGAGCAGAAAAGCCAGCAGUUGUAGAAAUGUACAACAAGUACAAAGGAGGCGUGGAUUUGACGGACCAGCAUUACACAACGCUGCACUGUGGUUACACCUUAACAACAGUUGCACAGUGCAUCAUCAGCCGGGAUGGCCAGUGUGACCAGUCACUGGAAAAUGUGCAUAGUUUAAGGUUUCGCGUGCAGAUGUCAUCCGCCAGCCUCUGUCGGCUUUUCCCCAAUCCUUGA